UUACAUUUUAAACCUGCAUUACAAUACGCAUUUGACUAGUAAAACUCACAAAACCGCAUUCUCCUCACUCUGUUCCCGGCACUCCACGACCACUCUCCAUUCCAACAACAGUCCGAACGAGCAUUCUCCCACACAGCCUGCGCCGCCGCCGUGCCCUGUGCCAAGUGGCGUGUCUUUGUCUUCUCCAUCUUUCAAAACCCUAGCAACGCCAAACAUUUUAUCUGCGCCCAUAGUGGCCAACAAGGUGGCUUACCUGUGUCAAAUAUGGGAACAACUGAUGAUAGGGAUGAAAGUGGUUGCUUAUCUAUGCUAUCUUCCAAAAAUGGUUCCUUGCUUGUGCCUGCUCCACCUACAGAUAUAUGUCCCGAUACAAAGCCGGAAAAGCUUGACCAACCUAAACGUUCUACUAUGACAAGGACAGGGUUUGGGACUUCUGGGAGACAAAUCAAUUUACUUGCAAAUCAUUUUAGAGUUUCUGUGAAGUGCCCCUAUGAAACUUUCUUCCAGUACAGUGUUACUGUAAGUUAUGAGGACAAGAGUGCUGUUAAUGGAAGAUGCAUUGGGAGAAAAGUCAUAGAUAAACUUUAUCAAGCAUAUUCUUCUGAAUUUUCUGGGAAGAGGUUUGCAUACGAUGGAGAAAAAUGCUUGUAUACAGUCGGGCCCCUACCACAGAACAACAUGAAGUAUACUGUAGUCCUUGAAGAGGCUACUGCCAAACAUAGAUGCCUUGAUGAGUCUGUCAAGAGGUCUAAGUGCUCUUUCCAACCAAAGACGUUCAUAGUGGAGAUCACCUAUGCUGCUAAAAUACCUUUGGACUCCCUAUCUCACGCCCUUGAAGGAGCUGACCCAGAACCUGGUGAAGAUGCAGUGAGGGUCCUUGACAUUAUACUCAGACAACGAGCAGCUAAUAGAGGUUGCCUCUUGGUUGGUCAGUCAUUCUUCAGUGACGACUCGAGACUCUUUUCUGAAAUUGGAGGGGGUGUAACUGGCUGUCGAGGUUUCCAUUCUAGCUUUCGUCCAACGCAUGGUGGCUUAACCCUCAAUAUGGAUGUAUCUAACACCGUGAUCCUAACUCCUGGACCUGUUAUUGACUUUUUGCUUGCAAACCAGGGAAUAAAAGAACGACAUUAUAUUGACAUUGACUGGGCAAGAGCAAAGAAAACUCUAAAAAAUAUGAGGGUCAAAGCUCGGCAUAGCAACAUGGAAUAUAAAAUCACAGGGUUAAGUGAGCUACCUUGCCAUAAGCAAGUCUUUUCAAUGAAAAAGAAAAAUGAAGGUGGUUCACAUGAUGAUGGGGAGGUGAUGGAGAUUUCUGUAUAUGAUUACUUUACUAAGCUCCUCAGCGUAGAAGUCACAUUUUCUGCAUUCAUGCCAUGUGUUGAUGUUGGAAAGCCAAAAAAGCCUAUUUAUCUGCCAAUGGAGCUAUGCUCUUUGGUAUCUCUUCAAAGAUACAAAACGGCAUUAUCAUUCACGCAACGAGCGUCUUUAGUUGAAAGUUCAAGGCAGAAGCCUUCAGCAAGAAUUCAAGUUGUCGUUGAUUCCAUGAGAAGCUAUUGCUAUGAUGAUGAUCCAGUUCUUGCUGCUUGUGGAAUUUCAAUUGAAAAACAACUCAUGCCAGUUGAAGGCAGGAUCUUGGAUGCACCAAAGUUAAAGAUUGGUAAUGGUGAAGAUUGCUUUCCUCGUAAUGGCAGGUGGAACUUCAAUAAUAAGCAAUUUUUGACACCUUCUCGGGUUGAGCGCUGGUCAGUUGUCAACUUUUCUGCACGGUGUGAUACAAGUCAUCUUUCAAGGGAGCUGAUUAGCUGUGCAAGGAACAAAGGCAUUCAUAUGGAGAGGCCACACACACUUGUUGAAGAAGAUCCUCAGUAUCGACGGUCUGGUCCUAUAGUUCGAGUUGAAAAGAUGUUUGAGUUGAUAAUGUCCAAGAUUCCAGGCCCCCCUCAACUUCUUCUAUGUGUCUUGCCAGAGCGCAAAAAUUCAAAUUUGUAUGGACCUUGGAAGAAAAAAUGUUUGGUCGACUUUGGGAUAGUUACACAAUGUGUAUCACCGACAAAGAUUACUGAUAAUUACCUUACUAAUGUUCUUCUCAAAAUCAAUGCUAAGCUUGGAGGGAGCAAUUCAAUGUUGGCAAUAGAGAAAAUACCUGGUACACCUAUAAAUAAGGACACUCCGACAAUGAUUUUGGGCAUUGAUGUGUCUCACGGAUCUCCCGGACAAUCUGAUUCUCCAUCCAUUGCUGCGGUGGUUGGAUCUCGACAUUGGCCAUUGAUAUCAAAGUACCGAGCUGCUGUUCGAACUCAAUCUUCCAGGGUGGAAAUGGUUGAAACUUUAUAUAAGCCUUUAGCAGAUGGCGAGGAUGAUGGUAUCAUGCGAGAGCUGCUUGUGGACUUCUAUCAAACCAGCAAUGGGUGUAAACCAGCUCACAUUAUUGUUUUUAGGGAUGGUGUAAGUGAAUCACAAUUUAGCCAAGUUUUAAAUAUCGAGGUGGAUCAGAUGAUCAAGGCCUACAAGCAUCUUGGUGAGGUCGAUGUUCCCAAAUUUACAGUAAUUGUGGCUCAGAAGAAUCACCACACAAGGCUAUUCCAAGCUGGUGCCCCUGAAAAUGUUCCACCAGGCAUCGUUGUGGACACAAAAAUAGUGCAUCCUAGAUGCUAUGACUUUUACAUGUGUGCUCACACUGUGAUGAUGGGGACUGCUCGACCUGCACAUUACCAUGUCUUGUGUGAUGAGAUUGGCUUCUCUCCUGAUGACUUGCAAAACCUAAUUCAUUCUCUAUGUUAUGUGCAUCAAAGAAGCACUACAGCCACCUCAAUAGUGGCACCUAUUUAUUAUGCUCACCUAGCUGCACGUCAAGUGGGACAGUUCAUCAACUUCGAUGAAACUUCUUCUUUAAGCAUCACAUCGGUUCCUGAGUUGCCCAUGUUGCACGAGGAGGUCGAGGACUCCAUGUUCUUCUGCUGAAUGGCUUCAACAUUGUUUUUGAUAACUGGGUCCAUUUUUAGCAAGUGUAGUUUUAUAGGGAAAGUAGUUUUGACUUGUAACCCUAAAAAUAGCUAAGAAUAUAAAUACACAAUGCAUUCAUAACAGUUUUGUUUGUACAUCAGAAUGCAUGGUGUUAUACUGUUAUGUAGAUACAAAUCUUGUUCAAUGCAAGAUAAAAUCCAUUCUUGCCAACACAGUGCAUUUUUACUUUCACGAUUUUUGGAUAACAGUUAGAUGAUUUAUGAGUGUAAGAGACAUUAAAUGUAGA